UCCCCCUGUCAUUCUUGGCCUUGCGACUCAUUGCAUUACCGGCGUUGAACAGAGUUUAAGCUCAUACAGGCGCCCGAAUGGGGUGACUUCAUAUCCGAAUACCCUCGCGGUGUAUGGUGAUCAGGUACUUCGCGUCCAUGCAAUCCGGCCAACGUUCAUCAGCGGCACAUGUAGCUGCUGGUACGAGAACAACCGGAAGUAAUCGAGGGCUGGCGAGCAUCGAGUUCAUUUCGUGGAUCGCCUUCUGGGGUGCGGUCGUCGUAUAAAGGCCAGUGCGUGCAUGCACCCUCAUAAGUCAGUUCACUCGAACUCGACAUCCACGAUCUUUUGCCAUCCACGCUCGUUCUUCCCCUCUUCAUCAAAAUGGUUUCUCGCGUCCUCGCUCUCAUCUCCGUCGCGAUGCUCGUCGGCGCGCGUCCGUACGUGCAGAACGUCGGCGAUGUUGACCUCAACGACGUCGACGCCACCGUCGGCACUGGCGUUGUCGACACGGGCAUGUCGGGCGACCUUCUUGCCGGCCUCUUGGCCAAUGGCCUUUUGGCUGACCUCUUGUCCGAGGACGCUGAUGGUCACAUCCCUGAGGUGACGGGCUCUUCGACUGAAGAGGCGACUUCGUCGUCCACCUGGAGCGGCGCGUCGUCGAAGCCGACUGACUCCGCCCCAACCCAGUGCAACUCUGGCACACUCCAGUGCUGUGAGAGCACGACCGAGGCCAAGGACAUCGACCGCGUCCUCCUCAGCACCCUGCUCGGGGUCGACGUCGGCAGCAUCACGGGCCUCAUCGGCAAGAACUGCUCCCCUGUCAGCGUCGUUGGCGUCGGCGCUGGUAGCACUUGCUCGACGCAGACAGUGUGCUGCGAUGGAGACAGCUUCGAUGGCCUCAUCAACCUUGGCUGCAAGUCGGGCAAUGUUGCAGUCUAAAAUAUCUUUCAUACCCUCGGUAGAUCUACUAGUAUGUUACUGCUCGAACCAUAUGAUACACCUUGAACGAA